UUUUACAUAUUUAUUUAGUGUUCGUCAGAAAUUCCUGAUUCCUCAUCAUCGUAUAAUUGAAGUAUUUCUAUAUGUGUAACAAAUUUCUAAGUUACCUUCAUUCGUCGCAUCGUUUGAAAAUUCAGUUCAUAAAGUCAAGAUUGCCGUUUGAAAGUGCGAUGAUCAUGGUAAAAAUUUAUUAUGAAUUUUAAUCGUGCGAUACGCAUAUAGUUUUAUGCGAGAUCAUUGGUCCUAUCAGUGUGCAUAGCAAAGAUAGGGAGGCCGUAAAUGCCAGAGAAAUGAGUGCAGGUCGGACCAGAACAAUACAUACGGUAUGCCAAUUCGAAAUGGGGCCAGAAUAGCAGAAGCGGCGGACCGGUAGUUGGGUAACUAAGCUCGCAGAAGUAAACCCUGUCAAAAUCAAGUGGCAGUGCAGCCAGUAGUUCUCGUUUGCCAGUAAAGAGCGUAAGCACGGGUUCGAUAUUGCUUCGACUCGUCGUAAAUUCGUAUCAUUUCAACUUUUAUCAUCGAUUUCGCAGUUUGAUUUCCAUUUACAAUCAGAGAAAUUGUUGCAUUUUUUAAAAAAUUUUCUCGGAUUUUUUUCGUUCCUAUCUUACUUCCAAUUUUCAACCUAACAAAUUGGCCUUUUUUUUAUUUCUUUAUAAACAAGGGAUUGCGUUGUUCUGAUAGACAGAAUAGAGCAUGACGAGGAAACAAACAAUAAUCGUGAAGCUUAAGAGAUCCAGCACCGGCAAACCUUGGGGAAUACGUAUCGCUGGAGGCGCUGAUUUGGGUACGCCGAUCGUCGUCACCCGCUCGGAGAACGAGACGCUCCAGAGGGGUGAUGUGAUCAAGAAAAUUGAUGAUUACGACGCGCGAGAUGUGAGGCAUGUAGACGCCCAGAAUCUUCUUCAAAACUCUGAAUCAAUAAGGCUCGUGAUCGAAAGGUCUGAGCCGUCGAAAGCAUCUCGUAUCAACAUUACCACGUCAUCUUCGAUUUUCGAGUCGAACACUGGCGACAGGGCUGCGGUCACUAGUCUAGCCAAACAACGGAAAUUACCAUCGGAAUUGCCGAAGAGUCCUGUACCACCGCCUUCCAUCGACGAAUACAAUCGGCCCACAUCCUCACCGGACCACCUUUACUUGCCACACGAACACCUCGAUGAAGUUCGCGAGGAGAGAGCUUAUUUGUCGCAGCCGUACCGCACAACUCCUCUGGUCUUGCCAGGUGCAAAGAUCAAAAAGGAUGCUCCGCUCGGGGAAUGCUACUUGCGCCAUCAUCCAAAUCCGAUGAUCAGGGCGGCGCCGCAUCAUUACGAACCUGCUCAUCCAGAGGUUGCUAUGAAACAAAAGGUUGUCCAUAAACAAUUUAACUCACCGAUCGGACUCUAUUCCGAAGAAAAUAUUGCUGAUACUAUAAAAUGCCAAGCAUCGGCUAUACCCCCGAAGAAACCGAUGAAGUACGACCCAAGUAAAAGCGAGGCUUACAAGGCUCUGCAAGAAGAAGCGCUCGGCGAUACAGUACAAGAAGUGAAACAACCAGCACGCACCGGUGUUUUCUCUCCGCAAAAAGUUAACCAAAAUAGAAUAUAUCACGCUCGACCAAAAAGUCCUGCAGGACCUUACGUAAAUAUUCUCGAUGAUGAUGGUGAAAAAAUCCAUCAAAGUAACAGCUUCAAGAGGAUUAUGUAUAGUGUUUUGGGACAAACUGAUUAUUAAUUUAUGAACUGAUUAUAAAUAUAUCUUAUAUAUAUUUUAUUUAUUGUUCAUUGCAACAAAUUAAAAAUUACACAUAAUAAAAAAAAACUUGUUAAAAUAACGCGAAAUUACUAAAUGAAACAUUAAAUAAAUAUCAUUAUUAAAUGAAAUAUUAAAUAUGAAGCUUCUGUAAAUUUUUACAUGGUGCUGUGAAUUUUAUUUAUGCAGAAAUUAUAUCACCAUGUAUAUUAAAUUUUUCCUUAUUUUAAAAAUAAUAUAAGCAAAUAAACAUUAAGUGUGAGUCACAUAUGAAA